UGUUUUGGUUUCAUGUAUGUCUGUGUACUAUGAAUGUGCCUGGUACCCAAAGAGGUCAGAAGAGGGGGUUAGAUCACCUAUGUCUGGAGUUAUUGACAGUUGUGAGCUUCCAUAUUGGUGCUGGCAAUAGAGCCUGGGUCCUCCCUAAGAGCAGCAAGAGCCUUUAACCACUGACCCAUCUCCUCCGUCCCUAAUUUCCUUAUUUUAUGAUGCAUUACCAGACACUUAAAGUUCAAUUACCAAGCCUGCAAUUUUCAAACUAUUUCCUUUGAAACAGAUGAAAUCUGAAGUUUAAAAAAAGGCCACAUUUAUAUCAAAGAUUCUAUAAAGCUAAUUAGAACUCAAUGAGUGCUGCAGAUCUAGAGCAAAAGUCAUCUGGGACUACGUUUAGUCUCCUUAAAAUCCAUCUAAUGCUACCUCUGUAUCUGAUGUAACAUCAUUUCAAAUGUCAGGUACAACCUUUGGUCUGUAUUCUUAGCAGAACACUAGCUUCCACCAGUCCAAAGGGUAACAACCUAUUAUGGCCUGGCUAUAACCCAUCUUUUACCUGGUGUUUCCACCAACGUUUUCAAAUUGCCUUGAUUUAUGACUUUUGGUCUAGAACUACAAAAAGUUCACAUUGCCAGGUGCAGUCGCCUAUGCUUUUAAUCCUAGCACUCAGAAGAAGACAAGCCAAACUCUGUUCCGGGACAACCUGAUCUACUUUGUGAUUACAGUGUCACUCUUGCUGUGUAUCCUGACUGGCAGAAAAAAAUAAAUGAAAAAGAAAAACAAAUCGUGGAACCACUUCUACAUUAGAACAUGUUAUUUGGGGCAACAAAUGUUCUCGGGACAUGGUCAUUAUUUGAUUUAGAAUCAGCUCUUACUACCUUUGAGGUGAGAGGAUUUUUUUGGGUGUUGUUGUUGUUGUUUUGCAUCAACACAGCUCACUCACUGACACACAAACACACACACACACACACACACAUUUUUUUUUUCUUCAGAAACAAACCAAUCCCAGUACUUCAACAGUCUCCACCCUUUGACUCCUGUGGGCAGGGCCUGAGAAGUUCAGGUGGACCGAAUGACUGAAUACUGUUUUUGCUGCUUUCAGUACACACAGACAACUAAGAAAGCGGCUUCUUACCCAAAUGGUGCCAACGCUCUCAACAUCUCUCACCUCGCACUCACCAGAAGGCGCCGGACCCGCCAGUUCCUGAGGACUCAGGACGGAACCGGCCGGGCGGCGGAGAUACGCGGGUCCGCAGAGGCCGAGGAAGCGCCGCCGCCGAGGGCCAAGCCCGCCUCUCCCUGGCCGCCUACGGGGCACCACCUUUGCGGAGCAACGGAACUCCAUCUCUCGAAGCUCGCGCCGGAAGAGAUGGAAGGCAACACCGACAGCGCUUCCGCUUCCGGCUCCAGGCCGGAGGAGCGAUUCGGGCUCCUGCUCAGGCGGUUCGGAAGACGUCUUUUUUUUUUUUUUUUUUUCCUUGGCAUCACCAGGGUCUCACCCAGGUUGACGCCACUGAGACGGAAAAAUAACUCCGCGGACCCAGACCUGGGCGUAAGAGACCGCGGAGGGCGGCUAAUGUCACUUCCGCUUUCGACCCCAGUCUCAGGCUGCAGGUGCCUCAGUUUACCCGGAGACCGAGUUUACGCCCCUUCGGGCAGGGAAAUCACAGUCUUUAGAGUCUCAGCUGACCUAACGGCAGAACCAGGCUCACGAGCCUUGUUUAGGCGAAGGGCAGGCCAAGAAAGGAUGCCUGGACACAGGACCUGUCAGAGCGCUCAGGCCGCCAGGAGUUGCUCUUCUUAG